AUGGAUAAAGCACCCAUCGAUGGGCGGUGUAAAAACAAAAACGCUGCUCUGCCGCCCAUCAAACUCUUGCGCAAAUCCGAGGCAGAAACGCCACCCAGCUUGCGACCGGCGUCGCCUCCUAAGAGUAAUCCAUGGAGUUCAACAAAGAAGACUCCGGCGGCCUCUCUCAAGGGCAUGUUCCCGCCCCUGCCAAAACCUCAAUCGCCAUGGUCACCAGUCAAGACACCUACUGCCGAAGCAUCUAGGGAGUCUUCCAUAUCGUUGAAUGAGUCCCGCCUUGGAAACGACAUCGCCCAACCUACGCCUUCGAUCAGGUCAAUUUCCCCUGUGUCCAAUACUUCUUCCACGACUCGCCAGCUGUUUGAAGCUGCAGCGCCUCGAGCAACCGAGAACCUUUGGAGAACCCCUUUUGGCGCUGAUGUGCUGGUACGUACUGGUAACAUACUCAUCAAAGUGCAUCGCAAUAUUGUGGUACCUCAAUCAGGGUGGUUCCGCGACAACCUGCCACCACCAAAUUUGGAUGGAACCCCGGUCACGGUGGACCUACGAUAUGCCCCUGAAGCCGUCGCACACUGUUUGCGAUAUAUCUACACUGGUAGAAUCGAGAUCUGCGAGUUCGAUACAACAAAUCCUUGGCAGUCUUCACAUAUCCCACGCUGCGUCUUGGCUUACACUGCAGCUAUAUAUCUGCGCAUGGCCAGAAUGGCAAACCAUCUUCUCCGAGUGGUUGAAAACACUUCAAUCGAGAUUGCGACCAUCAUCCAAAGAUACUACCUCCAUCGAGACAUAGACUGUUCCUCGUGGGUUCAGUUCUCAUGGCACUACCAGACAGCAUUGGAAGUUGUAUUCAGAGGACAGCCUCAGAAACUAAUGAUGCCCAUGAGGCUCGCGAUGGCAAGCAUUCUCGAUGCCAUGCUCUUUUGGCUCGCGCGGCAGCCACUCUUCGUCAGCGAGUUGAAGUCAGCCUGGUGGAAGAUCUUGCAGAUGAGCAUGGCCGACAUUGCUGAAUACAAGCGUCUCUGCAGAAGUUCUGGCAGUUAUAACAGUCCUUUGCCAACCGAGAUGGCGCUGAGGGGGAUGUUUGAAGAGACGAAGUCGGCGGAGGAGAGAAUAGGGAUCAAGUCAGUCGCAACACAAACCGGAGAUGUCUCAGAGAGCACAGAUUGCCAAGGUGAUCCUCGGCACCAUUUCCCUGUUCUUCACCGUACGAGGCGCGUUUCUCUAUGA